AUGACUUUCUCCAAAAUCAUUCUUCCCACCCUCGCGCUAGCGAGUUCCGUCUUGGCACAGGGCGGCGGCGGCGGUGGCGGCAGCAAUGACAUCUGUAACGGUCCUUCAAUCACAAUUGUGACGAGCGCCGACGCGCAGCAAAUCGCCAACUGCGAUACAUAUGAUGGCGAUAUCAUCAUUGAUCCUUCAGCAUCUGGACAAAUCGCGAUUAAUGGUGUCCAGCAAAUCACCGGCGACUUGACCUGUAACAACGCCACGCAACUCACUGCCAUCACCUCGGACCAGAUCAACACCAUCCAAGGAACGUGGAGUUUGAGCGGCCUCACCAUCCUGUCCACACUCCAAUUUGACUCCCUCACUGGUGUGAACAACAUCAACUGGGUUGGUCUCCCGGCCCUGCAGAGCCUUAAUAUGGCUCAGGGUAUUCAAAGAGCAAACACUGUUUACAUCUCCAACACUCAAUUGAAUAACAUUAAUGGUAUUGAAUUGACUGCUGUUGGGAGCAUGAACAUCAACAACAACCCCUACCUCACCAACGUCAACGUCAACGAUUUGGCCAAUGUCACCAACUCUCUCUCGUUCUCCGCCAACGGCCGGGACCUUGCCAUUUCUUUCCCCAAUCUCCAGGAUGCUGCGAACUUGACUUUCCGGAACGUCAGCAAGAUUGACAUGCCUUCUCUCUCCAAUGUCGCCGGGUCCAUGGGCUUCUACUCUGACAACUUCGAGACGUUCUCCGCACCCAACCUGACUCAGACCGGCGGCACUCUGGCCUUUGUGGACAGCCCCAACCUGGCGAGCUUCUCGUUUCCCUCUCUGACCAUCAUUGGAGGCGGUUUUCUGGUUGCCAACAACACGAACUUGAAGGCUAUUAAUGGUGUGCCUAAGCUGGCGACCAUUGUUGGUGCUCUCGACUUUGCAGGAACUUUCUCCAGCGUCACCAUGAACAAACUCAGCGACGUUCGAGGUGGAUCUAAUGUGCAGACUACCUCCACCAACCAGACCAUCUGCCAGCUCUUCGACCAGGCUCAUGACAACGGCGUUAUCAAGGGUGUCAACACUUGUCUCACCAACAAGGCCAACCCUGAGACCAAUCCUACUGCCACCAGCGGCGGUACUUCGUCCACUUCGACAAGCAGCUCCAGCAGCAGCAGCAAUGCCGCUGUCUCAUUCGGUCCCGGCUCUUCCAUGACCGGCCUAGGUGCCCUGGUCGCGGCCAUGUUCUUUCUCUAA